AUGUCAAUCCCUCCGUCGAGAGCACAUUCGGAAGUGUUCUCGGCAUCACAGUAUGGCGCUGCAUCGCAGCCGAUUCGUCCAAGUCGACGAAUUAACCAUUUCAUUCUACCGACUUUCAUUCUUUCUAUUGUUGGCCUCGCAUGUCUAUGGGCACUUUGGUAUUAUUUGAGUUUUACAUCAGUUUUCCCAUAUCAUCAUCGCGUUUUCUACUGCCGUGAUAUCUACCUUUAUCUGCCGAACUUUCGACCCGAAGACUUUCAAGUGUACGUCUCAUACGCUCUCCUCUAUGUACUCGGAUUUUUGUUACCAGUUGUUGUGAUUUUAAUUGGUGAGAUAAUGUUUUGGCUAUUCUCGACGAGACCUCGCAAAACAGUUUACGCGAAUUGUGGUGAAUGCAAAAUCCAUUUGUUUACACGUCGCGUGAUACGAUUUAUUGGCAUUUUCAUGUUUGGAGCGCUGAUAACGCAGAUAUUUGUGCAUACCAUCAAGCUGAUGACUGGUUAUCAAAGACCUUACUUUCUGUCAUUAUGCAACGUUAAUAUGAGUAUGUGCACGGCACCCCUCGAGCAUUCUCCGUCACCGUCACCCGCGUUGGCAUGCAACUAUCGUAACGCUGAUGAUCUGCGCUAUGCGUGGUUAUCGUUCCCGUCACUCCAUGCUGCUUUCUCGUCAUAUUCAUGCGUUUUUGCAUCUCUUUACAUCUACUAUAUGAUCACACUACGUGGAGCACCCUUGUUGAGACCAUUUCUGAUUUUUGGCUUUAUGGGCUUAACGUUAGUGGAUUCAUUUUCACGAAUCAAUGGUUACAAGAAUCAUUGGCGUGAUAUUUGGGUCGGUUGGCUGAUCGGCUUCUUCAUUGCCUUCUUUUUGUGUCAUUCGGUGCUAUGUUUCCAAGAGGUCUAUCAUGAGAUUGUCGAAAGAGUGAAUGUGAUCGAAGAACGACUCAGUCCGUUCUUCCAAUGGUUCAGGCUACCAAGAGUGCAUGCACCCUCCUUGAAAGAGGAAUACGUGUAA